ACCAGGGAAGCCACUAACUACCCUCUGCUUAGCGCUACUUCUGGUCACCCCAGCAAACGACCUUGCGAACAGCUGUUGAGUUGCUCAUUGAAACAAAUGCGCUCUGACAAGCUGAAGUUGUUUACGAUUUGUUAAAUUAAAAGGUUACAGAAAUAAGCGCAUAAUGUGGCGUAUUCUAUUAGCCACCGGCUGCUUCUGUUUACUCAAUUUGGCGGCUGGCAGCGAAAUAGUUGAUUACAGCUUAAAUACCUGUGAUAGACGUCACCAUGCGUUCAACUUUACCAAGGGUUUACCCAUCGAUCCUCACUGUCCUUACCCAAUCAAAGAGCGGCGUAACUCCAUUUACCUGCUCUACGAUGUGAAUCCACCAGAAGGAUUCAAUUUGCGCCGUGAUGUCUACAUACGCCUGGCAGUAUUCGUGCGCCAACUCUCUCAUCGUAAACCCUUCCAAAACUUGCGUUUGGUGCUGCCGCCGUGGCACCGGCUGUACCACUGGAAAUCCAAUCAUCUGCAACAACACAGCCUGCCAUGGGCGCAGUUUUUUGAUGUAGAGAGCAUGCGACGCUAUGCACCGGUGCUAGAUUUCCCCGAAUUUUUGGCAGAGAUUGGGCAAUUCGGACUGCAGGAGUCACCUUACGUGCCUGUAAAUCAAAUAUUCCAACUGCUGCAUUUCGAAGAUAUGUUCGAGCAGGGUGUAUUCCAUGAGAAGUUCCAAGUUGAAACCACUUGCCAAAAGGAUCAAUAUCUCCAGGGGUACCUACUGCAGCAACCCAUGCUGUUAGAUAAUGACUUUGCUUGUGUACGCUAUCAAGGUAGCGUAAAUCUGCUUGAACACCUACUGCGGCAGCACAUGAAGAACACGGUGUCAGAGGCGGCGAACGAUAUAAAGGUAUACGCCCUACUCAACGCUGAGAUAGUGCUGCACGACCAAUGGGGCGACAAGGAGUUUUGGCGCUCGCGACGCUCCAUGCGCUUUGCAGCGUCGCUGGUCGCAAUAGCUGAUGAAUAUCGCGCGCGUGUACUGAAUUCUCAACCGGCAGAGGAACUUUUGCAACGACCACCCAUGUGGGAAGCUGAGCGCCCGUAUCGCAAAGCCCUGGGUGGGGAUUACUUGGCAGUACACUUUCGACGCGGCGACUUUGUGCAUGGACGGCAGAAGACCACACCCACUUUGAAGUCUGCAGCAACGCAGAUACGCGCGCAAAUGAAACUGCUCAAUUUGACGACAGUCUACAUAGCCACCGAUACCAACGCAAUGGAGAUUACCAAUUUAAAGGCCUAUCUGAAGCGAGUGCACAUGCGACGCUUCACGCCCGAAUCGCUUACACAGAAAGCGCUUAUGAAGGAUGGCGGACAGGCGAUUGUGGAUCAGUUAAUAUGUGCACAUGCUCGGCACUUCAUCGGCACAUUCGAGAGUACAUUCACCUAUCGCAUUUACGAGGAACGUGAAAUACUCGGCUUUACGCGGGAGAGCACCUUUAAUACGCUCUGCAAGAAUGCCACGUUGGUUAACUGUGAAAAGAACACUGUGUGGCCGAUUGUCUACUGAGUGCCUUUAAUGGAAAGCGAUGCAUUUCAGGUUGAACUCAAGGCUUUUAUGAAAUUUUUGUACUUCUAUACUAAAAAAAGUACGGCUAUAUAAGAAUGUAUGUAUAAUUUCGUAGAUUAAGGCACACCAAAGUCACGAAAGUGAAUUAGAGUUUAAGUCCAUUUAUGCUGUAAAUUUCUUUAUAACUCUUUAAGCUUUAUCGCUAAUUUGCUGUAAGUUUUCUCUCAACAAAGCGAACUCGGGGCUAAAGUUUUCAUUGUAAAAAAUGAUAAUUGUUUAGAUUUUUUUCCGAGGUAAACUUUAUUACUUAUGCAUCAAUUUCAAAUGUUUAAAUAUUUGAUGUAGCGAUCAUUUGGUUAUUAACUAUGUUUAGGAAAUGCUACUUUUCAACUUUUAUUAUUUUUAAUAUUUAAAAAAAUUUUAAAUUUCUCCGGUUAAUAACUUUUGUAUAUAUGUAUGUAUGUAUAUAGUUACAUACAUAUGUAUGCAUUUCGAAAAUGGUUAAUACAUAAGUACAUAUGUGCUAUUUGCAUUUUUAGAAACAUUUUUAUUUAAUUUAGGGUUUAUUAUUUUGAAUUUGAUAUUUAUUACCGCUUUGGGCAUUCAAUAGUUUAUUUAACUGGUAUAAUGUUUUAAUAGUUAUUUUUAAUUGUAUAUAUUUUUAGAUUUUUUUAGCAUAAAUCAUCUAUAAUAAUCACUCUCACUGCGUAGCAUUAUUUUGGUUCAAAAACUGCAACUAUUAAUAAAUAAAAAAAGGGUUGCUACAUUUAACAUUGUUUUUUUUUUUUGUAAUAAAUAACUUUUAAAAGGUUGUAUUAAACCACCUUUCGUUAAUAUUUGCUACUAUUUAUAUAGUGUAAGGAUGUUUUCCAAUCAUCAACGAUUUUAAAAAAUUUGUUCCAUUUUUGUUUUGCUAAUGUAAAAGGCAAAAAAUUGCUUGCACUACGUUACAACGCUUACAAAAACAACUGGUAUUAUUAUUCUUUAUAAAUAUAUGUAUGCAAUCGCCGUUUACCAAAAA